AUGAUGGACUCGGACGACGACGACAUCUACCCAGAGCACCAUGAGGUGAACGGCACCAAGAGCCAAGGCGAAGUGAAGAUGGAGGACGCGGAAGACGGUGAAGAGGGCGAAGAAGUUGAGGAGGAGAGCGACGACGAUGUCGACUUCAUCAUUGACGCAGACGCCAAAGACGAACCACAGCCAGACCAAGCAGGACCAGGAUCACAACAACCCAGGCAGCGCCCUUCCAGUCUUGCCCCCGCGGCCGCAGACAAUCUUAGAAAGUCGUCAUUGACACCGACACCAGCAGGCCUAGCGGUCAAACCAGGAACGCCGGCCGCCGCUGAUGCUACGAGAGGAGACUCACAACCGCCGACGAUGAACGAUCGGCCCGGUACAGAAUAUCCCGCACGACAUACUUCGAAGAUCGAUCCGAACGGCAACCCGGUUCACCCAGCCACGGGCAAGCCGAUCCUGUCGACGGACUUCGACGUCGACUUCCCCACUGAAUCUUCCAAGCCGUGGCGCAAGCCCGGCGCCGACAUUACGGACUAUUUCAACUACGGCUUCGAUGAGUUCACGUGGGCGUCGUAUUGCCUGAAACAGCAGCAGAUGCCCAAGGAGGUCAAGGAGAUCACGCAGCAGGCCGAGCAACUCAAAGCGUUUGUCGAGGGAAUCCCGGGCGGUGGGAUGCCGGGCAUGCCGCCAAUGCCUGGUCCUGUUGGUCCCGGCGUUGUUUCUGGUGGCCCGGUGCCUGGACCAGGACCUGGACCAGGCCCUGCCGCAGACAUGUCGCAGAUGGCAAUGCCCAGCGACGCUCAAAUGCAGCAGAUGUUUGCCGCAAUGACCUCCCAAGGUCUCGAUCCUUCUUCCAUGGAUCCCGCACAGUUCAUGCAGUUCAUGGCCGCCGGAGGCGCUGGUAUCAUGGGCCAGCCACAGCCACCGGCCGGUCCUGCUGGCGGUUAUGGAGGCGGUGGUGGUGGUGGAGGUGGAUUCGAUCAAGGCGGCGGCGGCGGCGGCGGCUUCGGGCGCGGAAGAGGGAAGGGUGGAAGGAGGAAUUGGUAG